AUGGCCUUUCGCCCGGCUCCUCCGCCAUCGUACGGAUAUUCGAGCGCUAUCCCCACCGACAUACCGGCCCCACCCAUGGAACCCACCUCCGCCACCACGGCCCCGUCGCGCAAGCGUCCACGCACUGAGCCUGGACAGCCCACCGUCGGCGACGACGCGUUCGUCGCUGACCCCGAAGCGGGCGACUCGGGCGCGGACGACGACGACGACGAGGACAAGCCCAAGGAUAAGAAGGCCGGCCGGCGCAAGAUCAAGAUCGAGUUUAUACAAGACAAGUCUCGACGCCAUAUCACGUUCUCCAAGAGGAAAGCGGGUAUCAUGAAGAAGGCGUACGAACUCUCGACGCUCACCGGCACGCAAGUUUUACUGCUCGUCGUCUCCGAGACCGGGCUCGUAUACACCUUCACGACCGCCAAGCUCCAGCCGCUCGUCACCCAACCCGAGGGCAAAAACCUCAUCCAGGCGUGCCUCAACGCGCCGCACGGCACGCUGCCGUCCUCGAUGCCCGUAGGAACGCCUUUGGGGCGCACGUCCGGCGCGAUCCCCGGCCCGAUGAACUCGAACGUGCCCGGCGGGCUCUCGAUCGGGAACAAGGAGGAGGACGCGGGCGACGACAAGGACGACGACGGCGCGCGCGGCGGCGCCUCCCAGGACGCGAAGCGGCGCCGGCGCUCGUCGACGUCGCAGUCGGCGCCGCGCCCGACGAGCACGCAGAGCCCGAACCACUCGCCCGGGCAGCCGAUGCCGCCGCCGCUGACCAUCCCCGGCAGCGGCGCGCCGCAGCAGCAGGGCGCGCAGGCGGCGCUGCCCAUGGGCUCGCCCAGCACGCAGGCGCAGCAGGCGCCGGGCGCGCAGGGGUACGCGCCGCCCCACGCGUCGCCGACGACGCCGUACGGGCACCACGCCCCCGCGCACGCGCAAGGCGACCCCGCCGGCAUGUACGGCGGGCACAUGAUGGCGCCGCCGGGAGGAUACUACUCGCAGCCGCAGGCGCCGCAGGGUGUGCAGCAGCACCAGCAGGCGCACGGGCAUUGGGGACAGCCGCAACAGGUGCAGCCGGCGAACUCGCACUACGGCCGGCGGUGA